AUGCCAAAACUUAGUAUUAACCAGGUUCUAGAUGCUCCUACGUACUUUGUGGACCAUUUCAAUGGGAAAUAUGAUACAGACAAAACUAUAAUACUUCGAGAUGAGUCUAUUGUUAGCGAUACAGAUAUAAUGAGACAGUCUUUGAGCCGAUUGCCCGAAGAUUGUAAAGUAUUGGAUAUGACGAAUAACGAUUUGGUGACAAUACCACCGCUUGAGACACACAAGGGUAUUCAUACAUUACUUUUAGGACGGAACAGAAUACGAACAGUAGAUGGGAAAGCGUUUCCCAGGCAAAUCAAGAACCUAUCAUUGGUUCAGAAUGAGUUGAAGGAGUUUUCAGAUCUUGAAGGGCUAAAGUUUGCUCCUAAAACUCUAGAAAAUAUCUGUUUACGUGGUAAUGAUGUGUGCUACUUAUCUGGGUAUCGCCAGUAUAUAUUAAAGUUAUGUCCACAGAUAAGGGUGUUGGAUUUUGAGAAAGUCAUGGAUAAAGAACGCUCUGCAGAAUUUCCUGAUGAGGUUUUGGAGAGUGAAAUCAAGGACUCACAAACGCUUGUUCAUAAAACUGAUCGUCGUAUGAGAGAUAAGCAUAUGGAACUAUUAGGAACAGUCGUCAAAAAGAUGGAUGAGGAAACCAGGAAUAAAAUCAAGAGACAAUUAGCUGAAGCCACUACUUUAGACGAAAUUGAGAGACUUGAAGGACUAUUAGCAGGAAAUAUUGAAUAG